AUGACAACAACAAAAGCAAGGCUGCCGUCGACUCGGCGCCUAUUCACUUGCACAGGAACUUUGAUUCUUUUUUUUCUGCCCUCAGCGAGCGGCAGCUUAUCUUUGGAGCCAUUUGCGCAAGACACUACAGAGGCCCAUGCACUUGAUGUGAUAUUGGAGAACCCGGCAGCGGCUUUGGCCGAGAACGUGGUAGUCGCUUACAGGAGGAUAAGGCCGGAACAAGACGAAGACGAAAAUAAUACGAGAAAAGAGGUUGUGGAGGCGCUGGAUCACGAGAGGAUACAGGCAUACAGAAGGCGAAAUGCUGGCGACAUCGAUACUUGGGGCAGUAGUAGCACGCCAGAUGAGGAAAAGGCCUCCCCAGCGGUAGUGGCAGAUCCGCUCAUCACUCCUGCACCCGAGCUUCCGCCCUGCCUUUCAGGUCGCAACUCGCUGGGCAGGCGACAAGACAACGGACAGAUCCAACAACUGAGCCAGCAACUUGAUCAAUUGUCGCAACAAUCUCGCUCAGUCUCGCAGCAAUCACAGCAGUUGUCUCAACAGGUCCAGCAGCUCCAGCAGUCCACCUCGCUGCUCAGUCAACAAUUACAGAGCGCACAGGACCAGGCUCGACAGGCGCAAGAAUCUGCCAGGCAAGCCAGUGACCAGGCCAGACAGGCCUCAGAAUCGGCCCGCCAGGCACAAGACCAAGCAAGUCGAGCGAACGAUUCGGCAUCGGCCGCGCAGAGAAGCGCUGACAGUGCCGUGUCUGCUGCACAGGCGAGCUUUGCAUCCAGCGCCUCGGCGCAGAUUGCCUCUAACCUGGCCAGCGUGACGGCCAGCGCAGCUGCUUCGGCCGCGAGCAUAAUAGCCGCUGCCAGGCAGUCUGCCAGCCAACUCAUCGACCAGGCCGCAAGUCAAGUCUCGGAUGCACGUGCUGAUGCGACUGCAGCUAGGGCUGAGGCUAGCACUCAGAUUUCACAAGCUCAAGGUGCCGCAGUUUCUGUGACGCAGGCCGCUCUGGCGGUGGUGGGCACCUUCAUCGGCUCAUCGUUAAUCACGGUCCUGGCCUUUUACUUGAUCCUCCGCUACCGUCGGAAUAGAAUGGAAAAGGACGGGAAGAAGCGUCCUCCCAUCUCGUCUCCGCACUCUUUCCGCAAGGAAGCCAGCGGGUUGGGGGCGGCGUACGGGAGCACAGACAACCUAGUCGACCGUGGCGGAUACAACAAUAAUGGUUACCCCAACGAUGUAAAGGAGCAGCCAUACAAACCUGCAGGCGAUGAUUUUGGCGGUCGCGACAAGGUUGGCUAUCCCGUGCAGCGCAGUAGCAGCACCUAUGAUGAUCCCGUCACCAUCAACAACAACAACGCUCCGAGUGCCAGGUUCAGCUUGUUCCCCAAACGGAGCGGACAAGGGCUUGCAGAACCCACAGCCAACCCAACUGGUGGGCCGGAGUCGGCGGUUCCCAGUCUCGAUACUUGGUUGAGAGCGGGCCAGGUUAGUCCCUUUGGCACCUUGGCCAAGCCGGUCCCAGCAGCAACGGCGCCGUCAUCAGCGGCCCGGAAGAACUCGACCUCUGCAUGGCCCCUAGGAGGACCUGCUGCCGCCGAUUCCGGGCGUACGGGGCCUGUGAUGAAGCCAGGAAACAAGCUGCCAUUCCGGGAGAAUUGA